AUGGCACAAAAGUCAGGCCGCGACCUGCAGCAGUACCAGAGCCAGGCGAAGCAGCUGUUCCGCAAGCUGAACGAGCAGUCCCCCACGAGGUGCACUCUCGAGGCCGGAGCCAUGGCCUUCCACUACAUCAUUGAGAAAGGGGUGUGUUACCUGGUCCUGUGUGAAGCUGCAUUCCCUAAGAAACUGGCCUUUGCGUAUCUGGAGGACUUGUAUUCGGAGUUUGAUGAACAACACGGCAAGAAGGUGCCAACGGUCUCCAGGCCCUAUUCCUUCAUUGAAUUUGACACCUACAUCCAGAAAACCAAGAAGCUCUACAUUGACAGCCGGGCGCGGAGGAACCUGGGUUCCAUCAACACAGAGCUGCAGGAUGUGCAGAGAAUUAUGGUGGCCAACAUCGAGGAAGUCUUGCAGCGAGGGGAGGCGCUCUCAGCUCUCGAUUCCAAGGCCAACAACUUGUCCAGUUUGUCCAAGAAGUACCGUCAGGACGCAAAGUAUCUGAACAUGCGUUCCACUUACGCCAAGCUUGCGGCUGUAGCUGUGUUUUUUAUCAUGUUGAUCGUCUAUGUGCGAUUCUGGUGGCUGUGAGCUGGUUACAAGUCACUGAAGAGGGAAAGCCUGUAGCCUGGCAGGUGUAUGUGUGCAGGACACUGUUCACGGGGAUGUGCAUUAGAAUCCACACAGGGCCAUCACCUUUAUGGGAAUGUCCUGAAAAUGUUAGGUGACACCUGACUACCACACCUCUUAGUGAAUCCUAACCGUAGGUAUAAAGGCUUGUUGACUACAGGCUUCUCCUCUGAGGCAGUUUGCACUAGGGGACUGUAGAGUUUGACCUCCCGAGGUUCUGCACCCCUGCUAGGGGUGAGCUCUGGGAACAGUCAAUCAGUACAGUUUAGCAGAAUCAUGCUGUACGUCCUCCUGUUGAGUAGCUCUAGUGGGAACUGGACUCUAAUGAACAUUCCUUGUGUUGGCAAUGUUUGCUUUUCUAGAAUCUGGGUCUGCAGUUGUUGGGUUUUUUCUUUUAAGACAAGACUCCCCUGUUUGAAGGAAGUUCCGCACUGUACAUAUUAUAAUAGCUUUCACCUCCGUCGAACUAGCUAUUGUUGAGUUUUCCUUGUCUGACAUCUUUGCUUGUUACACUUCCAAUUACUUGAGGAAGAAAUGGAUGUUAAAUUAUGCCUUAAAAAUACAUUCUGGCUAGUACUAGGAGAGGCAAUGAAAGUCUUCUGUAUUACCAUUUCCUACAAAAUUAAACUACAGGUUUGUAAGUGUC